AUGGUCAUCCUAGUAGCAAUUUUUCUUUCCUUUCUUCUUCUUCUUUGCCAUUGGAGAUGGACUAGGAAUUCUCCAAUUAGGCAUUGGCCUCUGAUUGGGAUGCUUCCAGGGCUCAUCUACAAUGCCUCAAACAUCCAUGAGUUUAUCACUAAAGUACUCAAAAAGAGUGGCUACACAUAUGUGUUCAAAGGCCCUUUGUUUACUAGUCUAGGAUUCGUUCUCACUAGUGAUCCUGCUAAUGUUCACCAUAUCUUUAGCAAGAACUUUGAGAAUUACCCGAAAGGACCCGAAUUCAAGCUCUUCUUAGAGCCUGUGGGAGAGGGGAUUUUCAUCGCCGACGGGGAGUCGUGGAAAUUCCAAAGGAGGCUGAUCCAAUCGUUGAUGAAAAACAAAUUGUUCGAGCAUAAUUUGGAGAAAAUAAUCCUCACGAAGGUCGAAAAUGGCGUCGUCCCGGUUCUUGAGCAUGCGAUUGGAAAUGGGAUUGAAGUUGAUAUGCAAGAAGUGUUUCAAAGAUUAACCUUUGACACCAUUUGUGUGUUGGUUUUAGGGUAUGAUCCCAAAUGCCUCACAAUUGGAUUCCCGGAAGUUGUGUACGAGAAGGCUUUCGACGAUAUGGAAGAGACUUCCUUCCGACGACAUAUCAUCCCCGAAAACUUGUGGAAGUUGCAGAGAUGGUUUCAAAUUGGACAAGAGAGGAAGAUGAGUGAAGCUUGGAAAAUCUUUGAUGAAUUCCUCUACGAGAGGAUUUCAUCUAAACGUGAAUACUUAAAGGGAGUAAAAGCUCCAAACAAUGAGAACGUAGAAUAUUCUGAUUUAUUAACUACGCUAAUGAAGGAAGAUGAAUUGAAAGAUCAACCGACUACUGCAUCGCCCGACAAAUUUCUACGAGACAUGGCAUUUAGUCUCAUUGCAGCUGGAAGAGACACUGUGGGCGCAACCCUAUCUUGGUUUCUCUGGCUUGUCGCAACACACCCAUCAAUCGAAGAAAAAAUCAUACAAGAGAUCAAAGCAAACGUGGACGUCGAAAAAGAUGGGAAAAAAUUGAAAAUUUUCGGUGCAAAAGAGGUAAGGAUGCUAAACUAUCUACACGGAUCAUUAUGUGAAACCCUAAGGUUAUAUCCGGCAGGACCAUUCGAGCACAAACGUUCGAUCGAUCCAGACACUCUCCCUAGCGGCCACAGAAUAAGCGCGAACACAAGGAUAUUGAUCUCCUUGUAUUCAAUGGGGAGAAUGGAAGAAAUUUGGGGGAAAGAUUACUUGGAAUUCAAGCCAGAGAGAUGGAUUUCGGACAAAGGAGGGAUCCUGCAUGUCCCAUCUUACAAGUUCAUGGCAUUUGUUGCAGGACCAAGAAGUUGUUUGGGGAAAAACAUGGCUUUCAUUCAAAUGAAAAUGGUGGCUUGUGCAAUUCUCUAUAACUAUCAUGUUCAUGUGGUGGAGGGUCAUCAUGUCACCCCAAGUUUGUCUAUUCUUCUUCACAUGAAACAUGGAUUGAAGGUUAGAGUUGCUAGAAGAAGUUUUUGA